GCCGGCGGGGGCGCUCGGGCCUGGGCUCCGGCGCUGUGGCCUCGGGCUCCCGGCUCCGGGAAGCGGUUGCGGCCGCCGCCGCCGCCGCCGCCGCCGCAGGACCGGCCGGAGUCGGGCUGGAGCUGCGUCUCCCGGAGCGUGCCGGUGAGAGCGGGCGGCCGGCCUCGGCGGCGGCGUCCCCGCGGCCUGCCACGCGCCCGCCUUCGGGCCGUCGCGCCGCCGCCGCGAUGGGGGCCGCCCGGGGCCGCGCCAACGUUCCGUUCCUUCCGCAGCGCCGCCGUUGAGCGCGUGGGCCGUGCCGCAGCCGCGCGCCGGACAGAUUGAUUCCCUUUGGAGCUGUAAGUACUGAUGUAUUAGGGCGCAGCGCUCGUUGCUCAUUGGUGCACAGUCCCAAAAUGAAUGUCCAAGAGCAGGGUUUUCCCUUGGACCUUGGAGCAAGUUUCACUGAAGAUGCCCCCCGUCCCCCAGUGCCUGGUGAGGAGGGUGAGCUGGUGUCCACAGACCCCAGGCCCAUCAGCCACAGCUUCUGCUCCGGGAAGGGUGCCGGGAUCAAAGGUGAGACUUCAGCAGCCACUCCAAGGCGCUCAGAUCUGGACCUGGGGUAUGAGCCUGAGGGCAGCGCUUCACCCACCCCACCUUACUUGAAGUGGGCCGAGUCUCUGCACUCCUUACUAGACGAUCAAGACGGGAUAAACCUGUUCAGGGCUUUCCUGAAGCAGGAGGACUGUGCCGAUCUGCUGGACUUCUGGUUUGCCUGCAGUGGCUUCAGGAAACUGGAGCCCUGUGAUGCAAAUGAGGAGAAAAGGCUGAAGCUGGCCAAAGCUAUUUACCGAAAGUACAUCCUUGACAAUAAUGGCAUUGUGUCCAGGCAAACCAAGCCAGCCACCAGGAGCUUCAUAAAGGACUGCAUCAUGAAGCAGCUGAUCGAUCCUGCCAUGUUUGACCAGGCCCAGACAGAAAUCCAGUCCACCAUGGAGGAGAAUACCUACCCCUCAUUCCUCAAGUCCGAUAUUUAUUUGGAGUAUACAAGGACAGGCUCAGAGAGCCCCAAGCUCUGUAGUGACCAGAGCCCUGGGUCAGGGACAGGAAAGGGCAUCCCCGGAUACCUGCCCACUUUGAAUGAAGAUGAGGAAUGGAAGUGCGACCAGGACAUAGACGAAGAUGAUGGCAGAGACCCUGAUCCCCCCGGAAGGCUCACGCAGAAGCUGCUCCUGGAGACAGCCGCCCCGCGAGCCUCCUCAAGUAGACGGCACAGCGAAGGCAGAGAAUUCAGGUAUGGAUCCUGGCGGGAGCCUGUCAACCCCUACUAUGUCAACUCUGGCUAUGCUCUCGCCCCAGCCACCAGUGCCAAUGACAGUGAGCAGCAGAGCCUGUCCAGUGAUGCAGACAGCCUGUCCCUCACCGACAGCAGCGUGGAUGGGGUCCCCCCGCACAGAGUCCGCAAGCAGCAUCGCCGCGAGAUGCAGGAGAGCGUCCAGGCCAACGGGCGGGGACCCCUACCACACAUUCCUCGCACUUACCGAAUGCCGAAGGAAAUUCGCGUGGAGCCCCAGAAGUUUGCCGCGGAGCUCAUCCACCGCCUGGAGGCCAUCCAGCGGACACGAGAGGCCGAGGAGAAGCUGGAAGAACGGCUGAGACGCGUCCGGAUGGAGGAAGAAGGUGAGGAUGGCGACUUAUCCUCUGGCCCCCUGGGGGCCAGUCACAAGCUGCCUUCAGCCCAGGCCUGGCACCAUUUUCCACCCCGCUACACAGACAUGGGCUGCACAGGAUUGCGGGAUGCACAUGAGGAGAACCCCGAGAGCAUUCUGGACGAGCACGUGCAGCGGGUCAUGAGGACACCAGGCUGCCAAUCACCAGGGCCUGGCCACCGCUCCCCCGAGAGCAUGCAUGUGCCCAAGAUAUCGGGGGUAUUGGGGGGUGCUGCCCCAGGGCACAGUAAGCAUUUGCCCAAGUCAGGGGUGAAACUGGACGCGGCCGGCCUGCACCUCCACAGGCACAGCCACCACCACGGCCACCAUGGCGUGGCCAGGCCUAAGGAGCAGGCUGAGACCGAAGCUGCCCGCCGGGUGCAGAAUAGCCUCACUUGGGGCCUGGAGCCACAUGGCCAUACAGCCAAGCCCCGCAGCCACUCUGAGAAUGUGGGCACUGCCCCCAAUGCCAGCGACAGCCUGGCCUACAGUGGGAAGGCAGGCACGGACUCCAAAAGAAAUACCAAGAAGGCUGAGUCAGGGAAGAGUGCCAGCACCGAGAUGCCAGGCCCCUCAGAGGAUGCGGAAAAGAACCGGAAGAUCAUGCAGUGGAUCAUUGAGGGGGAGCGGGAGGCUAGCAGGCACAGGAGGGCCGGCCACGGGUCUUCAGGGGCAAAGAAGCAACAGGCCCACGAGGGCUCAAGGCCCCUGUCCAUUGAGCGUCCUGGUGCCAUGCACCCCUGGGUCAGUGCGCAGCUCCGCAACUCUGUCCAGCCUUCUCAUCUCUUCAUUCAAGACCCCACCAUGCCACCCAACCCUGCCCCCAACCCUCUGACCCAGCUGGAGGAGGCCCGCAGGCGCCUGGAGGAGGAAGAGAAGAGAGCCAGCAAGUUACCCUCAAAGCAAAGGUAUGUACAGGAGGUCAUCCAGCGGGGGCGCUCCUGCGUCAGGCCAGUGUGCACACCCGUGCUAAGUGUGGUGCCAGCGGUGUCCGACCUGGAGCUCUCGGAGACAGAGACAAAAUUGCAAAGGAAGGCAGGCGGUGGGGGUGCCCAGCCAUGUGACAGCACCGUCGUGGCUUACUACUUCUGUGGGGAGCCUAUCCCCUACCGGACCCUGGUGAGAGGCCGUGCCGUCACCCUGGGCCAGUUCAAGGAGCUGCUGACCAAAAAAGGCAACUACAGAUACUACUUCAAGAAAGUGAGUGACGAGUUUGACUGUGGGGUGGUGUUUGAAGAGGUUCGGGAAGACGAGGCUGCACUGCCUGUCUUUGAGGAGAAGAUCAUUGGCAAGGUGGAGAAGGUGGACUGACUGCAGGCCUGGCCUCCGUGCAGGCAGGCCUCCAUGGGCGGGCAGGGGUAGGGCGCCACCCUGAGGCCUGUGAAGGGCCCUCUCACGUGCGUGGCAGACUCACAGCCAUGGCAGAAAGCCAGUUGUGAUCCCACAGCUGCCCACCCCUGCUGUCGGCCUGUGUGGUCGAGGGUCCCGAGUCCUUCUGAGUGGCACCACAGGCUCUUUCCUGCUGCUGCCCAGCAAUCCUUGGAGGGCCUACCUGAGCAAGGAGCCUGCUGUGCAGCCACCUUGGUGACCUUUCCCAGUGUCCCCCUGCUGCUAACCUUGGCCAGCCCUCUGGCAACUGGCCCCCUGGCGCUCACACUGCAGGCUCCGCAGGACUCCCCUCAUACCCUGCCCUGAUUGGGUGCAGGGGGCCCUGCAGGGGCCUCUGUAAAUUGUACACGUCACCGAGUGCCUUCAACAGCUGCCUCUUGACUGCACUGUGCGGACCCAGCGACAGAGCACCAGGCUUAGCCUCCUGCACCCUCAGUUUCCCAAGCGCCAGCUCAGUGGGUCCUGGGUCCUUCCCUUCUAGGUCCCAUGUAAAUAUGUACAUUACUCAGGCUGUAGCCAGCAGGGGGUUGCCCCAAGACCAUUUUUCAUGCGCUGACUUGUAAAAUUUUCUUUUCAAAGGUACUUGGAUAAGAAUGAAAUAAAUCCAUUUUGAACCUA